AACAUUAUACAAAACGCAUAAAACUCUCUUCUUCCCAAUAUUGAGUGCAAUUAAUCGAGUUUGGUUUUUGUUUAUUUAUCGGCCAGUACGUCUUAGUGUGCAAAACUCACGUUCAACUACCAGACGUAAUGCGCGAUAUCGCCUCAAAAGCAAAAACUCCAAGUUUCUUAAUAUUUUAAAUUAAACAAAUAAUAUAUUUGAACGUUAAACGAAAAAGGAAAAGCAGUUUUCAUCUUUAUAAAAUAUCUUGUAUUAUAAUACAAAAAAAAAAAAAAGAAGUAAAAUCAUAGAAUUUUCUGUGUUAGUAACUUUCCACAUAAUUAAAGCAAAAACUGGUUUUCGUCGUCAUCAUGUCUUAUUUAGUGCUUGCCUUGAUAUUCUAUAUAUUAUGGGAUGUUAACUAUUUUUUACGUUGCAUCUUUACUAUACUCGCCGGCAGUCUAUUUCAACCGAAGCGAAAGGUUACUGAUACUACAACAAUCUACGGUCUUUGCACUUCGCAAGAUGUGGACAUUUUCAUCAGGCACAUGAAUAACGCAAGAUAUUUACGUGAGCUGGACUUUGCUCGCUUCCAUUUCUAUGCUUUAACUGAUUUAUAUAAACGCGUACGACAGCUUGGCGGCGGUGCCGUACAAGGUGCCUCUACUAUACGCUAUCGUCGUUCGAUUCCCAUAUUUUCUGCUUAUAAAAUACAAACCAAACUGAUAUGGUGGGAUGAGAAAGCCAUCUAUUUGGAACAACAAUUUAUAACUUUAUCGGAUGGCUUUGUACGAGCGAUAGCUUUCUCUAAGCAGAACGUUAAUGAUUGCAAUGUCAUGAAUCUUAUGAAAACCUUUGACGAAAUCGGUGAAGAACGUCCAGCACUGCGCGAAGAGCUACGACUAUGGCUUGAUGCUAUGGAACUCGCUAGUCUGCCGUUGCGCAAGGAUAAGUAAUAUGCAAGUGUAUAUUUUUCCUUUUUUUAUAUAUAUAUAUAUAUAUAUAUAUAUAUAUUUAUUUUUUUAUCUAAACUAGAAUACGAUUGCGGUAAAGGUCAGUAAGUGAUUAGAAUAAAUAAUAAUAGAAUUAAAUUUAGAAUAAGGGAAAGUAAAUAAUUUUGAAUGCGAUUUAAUAAACAGAUGCAGUCAUUAUCCAGUCUAUGCAUAAUACAUAUCCAUGUACGUAUGUCCGCAGAUGACUGGUCGGUAAGAGAAAGUACAUGUGACGAACACUUGUACGCAUCUUACUUUCUCUUACAGUAAGUAAGUAGUAAGUAGCAAGUCAUAGGUCAUUGAAGUACAAAUGUUUUGUAAUGUCGCAUGAAAAUUGUUGAAUGUUUGCGUUGUCAGCUAUGCCAGCGUUGCUUUUGUAAUUAUUUGUCAUUUGAUUUUAACUGCGAAAAAGUAUAAUGUAAUUUUAGACCUUUACACACACACACACAUAGACAUUUACAAGCCCACAAAUACACAUACACUGGUUAUGGUUGCUUCCGAAAUCUUGUAUGCCGGCCGGGACAUGAUAGUUCGCCAGUGUGCCCGAGCUGUGUGGACGCGGAAGAAGGUAUGGGGCACGCGAUCCUUAAUUGCUCCUGGCCGAUAGCCGUGAAGCAUGGGGCACUAUUAACGACUUCGUGACCAAGAUGCUUUAGGAAUUAAGGCGACUAGAGAGACAUCGGGUGGAGAAAAGAGGAAGUGGAAACCAUUAUGGUAUUCCACUAAGAUUACAUCAUUUGCAACGCACUAACUGCAACGAUCCGCCGCGUAAUAAUACAUAAAGAUGGUGGAGAGUGGUCGAUGAAGUGUGUGUCGAGGAUGGUUUUAGUAUGUAGGUGCCGUGAAGUGCGAAUCGUGUAUACUGCUGGCAUGGGACAGUAGUAUCUCGCGCUGCAUAAAAAACAAAACAUCCAUCCAUGCAUACGCACAUACACACACACACACAUACACGCAUACAUAUACACACGUGUA